AGGGGAUUAAAUCAUUUAUUAAAAAUAAUACCACAAAUUAAUUUGCCAAUCUAAAGUAAUCUAAUGCGAGACAUGCUAGGGUAUCAAGACUAGCAAUUGUUUUGAAGAUUAACUCUAAAUGCUGCUUUCAUGAAUAUGACACAUUUCCCCUUUACAUGAGUACUUUACGUUUUCCUGCUAGCAGGAUAAAACCCAAACAAAACUGUGAUAAUCUACGUGUUGGCAGCAUUUUACAUGUGAAUGUACGUAGUUAAGGAUAUCCACGAGUUAUUUUAAACGACAGAUUUUUUUUUCUUCAGAAGCAGAUCUGCGAACGAGCCAAUCAGAGCGAAGCCCCGGUCACAGUCUCUAGUGGCAGAGUGCAGGCGAUCGCCUCAGCUGCAGCCUUAAACUCUCGGCACAGGUUGUGUGCCGUGUCUUCACUAACCAGAGAGGAGCUUGCGCAGCAGCCUUGACUCAACUUUAGACACUGAGAUAGAGGUGGCGAGACACACUUACAGCGGAUCGUUGUUACAUUGUCAGCAUCUCUGCAUUCUCUCGUCACUCUCUGGACCAAAUAAUUCUUGCACAGGUGUAUAUGACGGGUACCUGAGCCGAAGCCAGCACACACUAGCUCAUUCUUUGUUAGGACAUCUGCACUCAGGAAGACAGAAUCCUAAGAUUGUCUUUGCAUGAAUUAUAAAGCGUGUAGCUGUUCUAUAGACUUCUAGAGAGAUUUUAAGGUCCUGUUACCCUUAGUUAAAUAAGGGAAACUGAAUUUAAAUUUUCAGGUUCAGGUUUGCACAUAAAAUAAUCCGAAACGUAUUUUUCCCCAAUGGCUGAUAAUAUGAUUGAAGACUCUGAUUACUAUCCCGAGAAAGACGAUCUGGAGUGGGGAUAUGAAGAAGGUGUGGAAUGGGGUUUGCUCUUCCCCGAAGCUAAUGGGGAAUAUCAGUCUCCCAUAAACCUCAACUCAAGGGAGGCCAGAUAUGACGCCAAGCUCCUAGAGAGGCGACUGAACCCAAACUACGUGGUGUGCCGCGACUGUGAGGUCAUCAAUGACGGCCACACCGUUCGGAUACUUCUCCGAUCAAAAUCGGUUGUGACAGGAGGCCCUUUACCCAGCGACCAUGAGUAUGAGCUGCAUGAGGUUCGCUUUCACUGGGGCAGAGAGAACCAGCGUGGCUCUGAGCACACAGUGAAUUUCAAAGCCUUUCCAAUGGAGCUUCAUCUAAUUCAUUGGAAUUCUACUCUGUUCAGCAGCAUUGAAGAGGCUCUGGGUAAAAGAAGUGGGAUACUUAUCAUUGCUUUAUUUGUACAGAUUGGUAAAGAACAUCUAGGACUGAAAGCAAUUACAGAGGUCCUCCAGGACAUACAAUACAAGGGGAAGACAAAAAUCAUACCAUGUUUUAAUCCCAACACAUUGCUGCCUGACCCUCUCCUUCGAGAUUACUGGGUUUACGAAGGCUCUCUCACCAUGCCUCCUUGCAGUGAAAAUGUCACUUGGAUAUUAUACCGAUAUCCAUUGACAGUGUCACAGAUGCAGAUAGAGGAGUUUCGAAGGCUGAGAUCCCACAUCAAAGGCGCUGAGCUGCCGGAGGGCAGCGAUGGGAUGUUGGGGGAUAACUUCAGGCCCACACAGCCCCUCAGCGACAGAGUCGUCAGAGCUGCUUUCCAGUAGUGUCACUGCCAGUGUGGAGUCUUACUGUCUACAGAGGUUGGAGACAAUGGUCCUACAGUGCCCUGCUGGAUGUGAAAUGGAUCUCUCUGAAUUGCUGCUCGGCUCCUUGUACAAAGACCGCAUUGUAUUGUUUAAGCUAAUUAAUACAGUCCUGAAAGACAGCUGUGGCAGAGGCCUUGAUCCACGACCCAGUGAAAUGAGAUCUGUGGCCUGGUCACCCACUGCCAGACACCUAGAACUGGCACCACACCUUCCAUUACACUAUAUUUUGUUAGAUACUAAUCAUGUAUUUAGAAGAGUUAUUAUUGCAGGUUAUAAGGUGCUUGAAUUAUGCGUAAGAUAUUUUACAAUUUACUGGUGUUUCUAUUUGUAUUGUUUAGUACACAGUGUACUUCAUAUUGUGGAUUUAAAAAAAAGUUUUAGAGGUUGCGAUGACAUUAAUGUGGUUUCAUCAGGAAAGUCUGCUUUUAUGUAAACAUUUAGCAUUGGAAGGAUCUCAAUUUGUAUAUUUAAAUAAAAGGAUUUUCAUAUACAAAUACACUCCAGAGACAGCUGCUAAUUUAGCUAAAAUGUACUGGUGUUUUUUUACAAGAGGAAUUUAAUGUUCAACCUGUACAAAUUCAUCCAAAAUGUAGCCUCAAUUUUUCCAUUGUUUCAAAAAUGCUGCCUUUUCUUUUGAAAACAGUUUCACGUGAUAAUCUUUCUACAAACAAUGCUAAUGUCCGUAUGAAGUCAUAAAGGUACUUUGCUCUACAUUACAUGAAAAGAAAUGGACAUCUGCUGUUAUUAUUAUCUUUUAAGUAAAUGUAAUCUAUGCUUAUAGAAAAUGUGUAAUAAGAAAAUCAAUGUUCUUAGGGUGGAUUAUUCUGUUAUAACUAUGGAAUUUUUGAAAGGAUUUAGAAAAUAUUAAUUUGAGAAAGCUUAUUGUAAGCUAUAGUCUUGAGUAAAAUGUAUGAGCUAUAGAAUUACAAGAUUAAAUACUGUAUGCAGUGUAUUUAUUUUAAAAGAUAUAUACUUGCCCUUCCUUUGUGCUUCCUGUGUUUAUUAAUAUUUCCUGUGUUAAACAUGUUUUCUUUGCUCUCA